AUGCGGCUGCCCCGCAGGGCGGGCCUCGCCUGGCUGCUGGGGCCCCUGCUCGCGGGCCUCCGCGCGGCGGGCGCCAUCAAGCUGACGGUCACGGUCCCAGGCAACGAGAAGAAGUGCUUCGGCGAGCAGGCCGCCAAGCAGGAGCUCCUGGUCUGCGAGAUCGAGGCGCAUGGCAACAAGAAGGUGAGCAUGCGUGUGACGAGUCCUCAGGCGACUGUCUUCUCCGACCACGACCGUGAGAAGAUCAAGACAGCGUUCACGACCACGGAAGCUGGGGCCCACUGGAUGUGUAUCCAGAAUGAGGAUUCAGAGCCCACCGACGUGACGAUCACAAUAGCCGUUGGUGCCGAAGCAAAGGAUUAUUCGCAGAUAGCAAAAAAGGAGCACCUGGAGGACACCGCGGUGCUUCUCCGUAAGAUUGAGGAGAAUUUGAAGAAUUAUCACAAAAACGUAUUGUAUAUCCGUAAGCGUGAAGAGCGAAUGAGGAAAACCAACGACUCCACGGCAUUUCGAGUUAUCUGCUUCUGCGUCUUCAACGUGGCGCUCAUGAUUGCAGUGGGUGGGUGGCAGAUGUUGUACUUCAAGAGGUUCUUCCGGUCCAAGAAGAUCAUCUGA